UCAAUACAGCUCCAGCCUGAAUACGAUUUUAUUGUCGUGGGAGGAGGCAGUGCGGGAGCCGUCGUAGCUUCGAGGCUCUCCGAGGUAGGCAACUGGUCCAUACUGCUGAUAGAAGCCGGAGGAGAUGAAAACGAAAUCAGCGACAUACCCUCGUUGAGCGGAUACAUGCAAAUGUCUCAGUUCGAUUGGAUGUACCAAACCACUCCGCCUACGGAUAGCCCGUACUGCCUUGCGAUGGUGGGCGACAGAUGCAACUGGCCAAGAGGAAAGGUGCUAGGAGGAUCUUCUGUCCUGAACGCAAUGAUCUACAUCCGAGGCAACCGAAGGGACUACGACCUGUGGGAGAUGCAGGGUAACACCGGCUGGUCCUACGAAGAUGUCCUGCCGUACUUCCUCAAAUCGGAAGACAACAGGAAUCCGUACCUGACGCGCACGCCUUACCACUCCACUGGCGGGUACCUUACCGUACAAGAAUCGCCUUGGAGGACACCGCUGUCUAUAGCGUUUCUGCAAGCCGGCAAAGAGUUGGGGUACCAGGUCAGGGACCUCAACGGGGAGAUGCAAACUGGAUUCAUGUUGUCACAAGGUACUCUACGUCGAGGAUCCAGGUGCUCCACAGCAAAAGCCUUCUUACGGCCAGUACGUAACAGACCCAACCUCCACAUAGCCAUGUACAGUCAGGUGACCAAAGUAAUGAUCCAUCCGACAACGAAAAGGGCGUACGGAGUGAAGAUGGUCAGAGAAGGCAGUCCACCGCAAAUGGUCAGAGCGAGGAGGGAAGUCAUACUGAGCGCCGGAGCCAUUGGAAGUCCUCACAUACUCAUGCUUUCGGGAGUUGGUCCAAAAGAGCAUCUAGAAUCAUUUGGUAUACCAGUUCUAAGCGAUCUGAAAGUGGGACACAAUCUGCAGGACCACAUUGGACUUGGAGGAUUAACAUUCAUUGUAGACGAUCCUAUUACGUUCACUAAAAAACGUUAUCAAACUAUGCAAGUUGCCAUGGAGUACAUACUCAAAGAAAGAGGUCCUAUGACCUCACUUGGAGGUGUCGAAGGGCUGGCAUUUGUGAACACAAAAUACGCCCCCAAAAGCGGCCAAUGGCCCGACAUCCAGUUCCACUUUGCACCGAGCAGUGUCAACUCGGAUGCGGAGCAGGUCAAGAAGAUCACCGGAUUGAGAGAUAGCGUCUUCAAUACAGUUUAUAAACCGCUCAAGGAUGCCGAGACGUGGACGAUCUUGCCCUUGCUUCUGCGUCCGAGAAGUAAAGGGUGGAUCAAGCUGCGUUCCAAAGAUCCUAAAGUGUAUCCGGAUAUUAUACCUAAUUAUUUCACGCAGAAGCACGAUAUAUUGACGUUGACAGAAGGCAUAAGGAUAGCGUUGAAUGUCUCUGAUACAAGGGCGUUCCAGAGGUUCGGGUUGUAG